UGUUUAUAUAUCUACGUACCAACACUUGAAGUUUUCAACCCAAAACCUUAAAAAGAACAGCUAGAGAAGCAAACCCCACAGCAGUAGUCUCAGUAACCAAAAAUUAAUGGCGGCCACUGCAAUGGAUGAAAUGUCGACAAUGGAACUUGAACUUCCAGGAUUUCGUUUCCACCCUACAGAAGAGGAGCUCCUUGAUUUCUACCUCAAGAAUAUGGUGUUCGGAAAGCGAUUGCGCUUUGACAUAAUCGGCUUUCUCAACAUAUAUCAUCACGAUCCUUGGGACUUGCCUGGAUUGGCAAAGAUCGGCGAAAGAGAAUGGUACUUUUUUGUGCCGAGGGACAGGAAGCAUGGCAGCGGCGGAAGGCCGAACCGGACAACUGAAAAUGGGUUCUGGAAGGCCACAGGUUCUGACCGGAGAAUUGUGACCAUAUCGGACCCAAAGCGGAUAAUUGGCUUAAGAAAGACACUUGUUUUCUACAGGGGAAGAGCUCCAAGAGGGAGCAAGACCGACUGGGUUAUGAACGAGUAUCGCUUUCCUGAUUCAUGCCCCUUACCUAAGGACAUAGUGUUGUGUAAGAUCUACAGGAAGGCAACUUCUUUGAAGGUUCUCGAGCAGAGGGCCGCAAUGGAGGAAGAGAUGAAGAACUUUCAUGCUUCCCCCAAUUCAUCUCCACCAACAUCCCUUGAAACCGGCUCAUUUUAUACUCAUCAGGAGGAUUAUCAGUUAGUGGCACCAAUGGCGGCUGUACACAACAUUGUCUUCAAGAAAGAAGCAGAGGAAGUGUUGGGAUUAACAGAGAAAGUGGAUGAAAGAGCAGUGGAAAGCAAAGUGUCCUCCACAUCACUGCAAAGCCCAUUUGGAAGGGGCCAGUUGCCGGAGCUCCAAGUCCCCAAAUUGACCACGGAUUGGACUCAAGACCCGUUUUGGACCCAGUUAAACAGUCCCUGGCUUCAAAAUUUGACCCCUUAUGCCAACAUCCUGAAUUUCUGAUUCCUUCAUGUUUAUUAUGCCUCCUAGCAUACAAUAAUAAACUUAGGUCCUGUAGAUAAAUUUUGCCGGCCACCCUCUGAUGGGUUAAGGAAAUUCCUGCCGACUCUUACUUGGGGGUGGUUGGCCAUGACUCUGUUUCAUCCUUCCAAAGUGAUGAUGUUCUUUGUUUUUUUGUUUUUUUCUUAGUAUGCUGUUUAAAGAACAGUAGUACUUUAGUGAUGAUCAACGGGUUCUUCUACGUUUUAAGAAUAGAAUUGGAAGACUCGGGAGAAUCAUGAUCUUAUGGACAUGAAAACUACUGCUUCACUGACUAACAUUUGAAGUGCUGAAGACUGGAAAACAUCAUGGAUAUAUAUUGUACUAAGAAUUGAGUUUUGAAAGAGGGGUUUCAGGAAUCUGGUGUUGAAGAGUACGUUGCUUAAUUUGCUAUCUACUUUGCGGUUGCAUUUCUUUAUUAAUUUACUUUGUAAGAACUUUUUAUUGUAUAUUUGAAUCUUAAAUUAAAGAAAUUCACAGUGAUA